AUGGCAGCAGCUGCGACGUCAUGUGCGCCUUGCGUCUUGGGUGCAGCUUCAUCCGCAUUGCUGUCUUUCCCAUAUGACAUUAUUCAGAAUGUCAGCGUUGAAAUCGUGCCGCAUGUCACCAUCUUCAGCAAUGGGUCAUCCUCAACCAUCGGCUUCGACACUACCACAGUGGCCAACGAGAUCAUCAGCACUAUAUCUGGACCUGGCGGUGCACCUGUGGCGACCUUCACACAUGUAGACCAGCUGACAUGGAGUACGCUUGGCACCGUUUUGACAUACCCGACGACAUAUGUAGAAUAUCUCGGCUUUGUGGGUGCGACCGCGACCUCCUCAGGCUGCGCACAAUCAAUUCAGCCUACUGCGCUCACCUUACCUGCGAAUGUUAACUCGGCGUCACUUGUCUUCCCCAAUGGUGAGACCAACAACGGGCUACCUGGCGGACUCUUGAGCUAUCUUGACGGCCUCAGCGGGUUCGCAUCGCAACUGGGCGGACCAGCUGAAUCUUGCCCUACCCCUGGCGGUGUCGUCGCUUCUCCUCCCAGCUCAACGUCAAACUUCACCUCGACUUCCAGAAGCUUCACAACCAUAACAUCAGCUUCUACCACGAUCACCGAGAGCAACUCGACAAUCACCACACUCUUGUCAACAUCUUUGACCACCUUGACUUCAACAUUGACUACGUCUACGACGGUCCAGAGUACUGAAGGCUCUGCACUGUCGACAACAACUACACGUUACGUCCCAUCACCAGCCUCGACGGUCACUAGUCCGACGUCUGUGGUCAUCACUUCGGCAGUUGUGCCCACUACGGUCGCUCAGACUCUCACGCCAGCCCGCAUAUUUGCAACAGCCACGCCCAGCACAGUUAUCAUCCAGAGCGGCAGCUCGACUACACUUCCGGCUUCACCAACUGCUCUCGCAGAGAGUAUGACGCCCCGUCCCGUAACCAGCGUCAACCCAAUAGCAUUGAGUCAGCUGAUAGCGGCAAUCGGCAGCCAGACAUCUACGACUUCCAGCCAGAGUAAGCCUGCCAUCACACCUGCGCCAUCAAUCAAUGGCACUUUGUCUGGAACACCAUAUUCUGUCAGAAACGCCACAUCAACUACGUAUGUUGUCUUGAACGGCACCUCCACUACAUAUACUGUACAGUACACUGGCGCCGCGCAUCCCGUGGCCAUGCCGGACAGACUGGCAUGGUUGGGCGGGCUUUUGGGCUUGGCAGUACCCAUCUUGUUCUAG